CCCCGAGCGUGGUCGGUUGGAGCAAAUAUGUCUGUCCGGAGGCACAUUGGGAAUCCUGAGUAUCUGACCAGGAGGAUACCACAAAACCCCCGGUAUCAACAUGUCAAGUCAAGACUGGACACUGGUAGCAGUAUGACUAAAUACAUUGAGAAGCUAGAAGAGAUGAAAAAAAAUUAUAGAUACAAAAAAGAUGAGCUGUUCAAGAGACUAAAGGUCACCACUUUUGCCCAGCUGGUCAUCCAGGUUGCUUCCCUGUCUGAUCAAACACUGGAAGUGACAGCCGAGGAGAUUCAAAGGCUGGAAGACAACGAUUCUGCGACUUCAGACCCUGAUGCAGAAAUUGCUGCCAGGACCAAUGGGAAGGGGAGCCCUGGGGAGCAGUCUCCCAGCCCUGUCCAGUUCAUAAACAGCACAGGAGCCGGGGACUCCAGCCGCUCAACUCUUCAGAGCGUCAUCAGUGGAGUUGGGGAACUGGACCUGGACAAAGGGCUCGUGAAGAAGGCAGAGCCCAACACCAAAGACCGGCCGUACUCUGACUGCCCCUUCCUGUUGCUAGAUGUGCGAGACAGAGAUUCCUACCAGCAGGGCCACAUUGUUGGGGCUUACAGUUACCCAAUUGCAACCCUGUCUAGAACAAUGAACCCUUAUUCAAAUGACGUUCUUGAAUAUAAAAACGCCCACGGGAAAAUCAUCAUCCUGUACGAUGACGACGAGAGGCUGGCCAGCCAGGCGGCCACCACCAUGUGCGAGCGGGGCUUCGAAAACCUCUUCAUGCUCUCUGGAGGUCUAAAAGUCUUAGCUCAGAAAUUUCCAGAAGGACUGAUUACAGGUUCCCUGCCAGCAUCUUGCCAGCAGGCCCUUCCUCUUGGUUCCGCCCGGAAACGUUCCAGCCCCAAAGUACCACCUCUGCCAGCGGAGAAUAAAUGGAGAUUUACCCCGGAAGAUUUAAAAAAGAUAGAAUAUUACCUGGAAGAGGAUCAAGGUCCUGCAGACAAUCCUAGCCGAAUGAGCCAAGCUAAUGCCUCGGGAAGAGACUCCAAGGCUUCAGGCACCCGCUGUGGUCAGAACCUGCCCUCCGGGGGCCCUCCCGGCCACCCCAACACCCGACUGCUGGGCAGUGGCCACCUGCAAGGCAAACCCUGGAAGUAAAGACUUGUCUUAGUCCAAUAAAUGUUUUCUCUCCUUUUGGAAGCCCUGAGCAGUUCCCAAGUUGGUCAUUUUCAGAAACUGCUGCAGAGGAAAGGCCGCGGCCCUGGCAGUAAGCACUUGUCCCCUUGCUGUCUCUGACUCUUCACGGACCUCCAGCUUGGGGAGGGUUUUCACAAAAACCAGAGACAUGACAGGCUCUAGUGUCCUCUCUGUUGUUUACAGAAUCUUUAAGUCUCUAAAACUGAGUAGCAAAAAAGAGUCUUAAUUAUUUUAGGCUCUCAUUAUUUUAUUUUAAUAAGGUCCAGCUUGUUUUGAUCUGCUGCCUGUGUUGUUUUGUAAAUACUUCAGUCAGUUUCAAUGUGCUCUUCCCCGCCAGUUCUUUCUCACUCGCUGUUGGGGGUUUGUGAAGAUCCUGCAGGUAGGCUUUGCAGCCUGAGGAGUCAGCCUGCAGGUGCGGGUCUUUCUUAGCUUCCAGCUGCCCUAGUGCCCCCUCAGGGGUGGGCGUGCUGGCGUGGAGGGGUUCUGUCCCCCCACGCAGGAGGCAGCCAGCCUGCGGUGGGUUCAGAGGCUGGUACCUGUGCGCCCCCUCAGCCUUUAGAUAGAGUGGUGCGGUUCUCGCACCUCCUGAAUGUUCGCCCUCACGAGUAUUUUCCUGGAGCGGACGCCUCUGACGGUGUGUGCUCAGCUGCCCGCGCACGGGGAGGGCUGGCUAUUGUACAGGGCAGAGUGCGGGUCGCGGGGGCCCCAGCAUCCCCCCUCCUGGUUGGUUUAUCCAUUGUAAAUUUCCAUGGCUCUCCUGGGUCCAUCCAUCCAUCCUAAAUGGGUAGAAAUUAUGGCCACUUGAAAACAUGGGCUUCAAUUGGACAACUGCAGACACACAAAGGUGAGGACGACUCCACACUCCUUUGUCAGAGCUGACAACCCUUUAAGCCCUCGCUUUAAAAUACAGUAUUAGUCUAAUUGAGUAAUUAGUGCAAUUUCCUGCUUACUUUUCAUUCUCAUGACUGAGCUGUGAUUAGGAGGUUGUGAUUAUAGAUUCUGGUUUUGGCCAGAAUUUUGAAUCAGCAUUAAUUGAAUGGCGAGAUGACUGACAUUCAUUCCAUUUAAUUGGGGGAACAAAAGACCUCAGGUAAGGAUGAGGAAUUCUGAAAUUAUCAGGAAAAGGAAAAGAGCCUUGUUAAUUUUUAUGGUCUGUGAUCUGUAGCUGUGAUAAGGGACUAAGGAAUAAAUUGUGCUCUUUGUCAUGGCAACCAGCUUCUGAAAAGCCAACUGAAAAUUGCCUGUCCUUAGGUGGUUACUGCUGCCGGGAAAGAUCUGCCUUAACGGGACUAUUUUCUCACCACCAAAAAAAAAAAGAAGAAGAAGAAGAAGAAGUACCACAGUAUUUCUAGCGUAGGGGGCUGUGUUUGUAAGAGAAAUAAAGAUAAUAAAUAUCUCAUAGAGCCAUAUGGAAAAAUAACUUUCAUGUUCAGCCCAGUUCUGUUUUAGUGUGUUUAUUCUUCUCUACUUGAUUUCCAAAGUGCAACAUUUUCCGAUGCUUUAGAAAUCAAACAAACCAGGGACAUUGUUCAGAUGUCAAGCCGUGCCCAAUUUUCCACAAGAUUCAAGAAUCUUGUAUAAAAUUCAGCCAACGUACACAUAGCUUUAAUGAGGAGCCUGUCAUGUUUCCCCAUAAAUUUAUUGCCUGAGAACUUAGUACAGCCUUUUGCUAAUGCCAAAAUGCUCUGGCCUUUUAUUUUCUUUACAGCAUAGAUUUUUAAAAAUGCAAAUUUUCCACAUUCAGCGUUCCCUUAGCAUGGACAAGCUUCUCAGUCAUUUUGGACCCUUAUACAUUUUUUUAAGAAAAAAAAAUUGGUUUUCUCUAUAACAAUAUUCUGGGUAUGCCAUUUGAAAGUUGAUUGGGCUGGAGUUUAAACUUCCCUCCUUGAUUUUAUUUUGAAAGUAAAUGGUCGCCCCUCCACCUCCCCCUUGUUCCUGUUCUGUAUUUCCAUCACCAAACAGCACUGAGGUGCAAAGAUGGGAAGUCGUGUAGCAAACGUGUAAGCAUGGACGUCUAUUUACCCGAGAGGCCUAGCGGGUCAGAGUAUUUGCGUGUGUGCAGCUUAGUGCUUUACCCCAUCUUGACGGCUUCGGAACGACAACAACUCGAAGACCUGUUAUGAUUCUGUACUUUGUGUGUUAAAUGUCACCCUCAGACAGUUUUUACAUGUUCACGGUACUGCUUUGAAUGUUCCUCUCGACACGUUUCUUCAUUAGAUUAACUGACAUGUAUUAUUUAAGUGAUCAGUGGUACU